UUUUGUUCACUCUUGAGUCGACAGUUGUAGUUCGACAAAUGUGAGAAAUUGAGCCUGGGAAUCAUGCCUGAAGUAGUAAAUUUGCCAUCCAAAGUGGAGCUUGAUGUUCCUGAGGUUCCUCUCACAUCAUCUGCUUUGAAAGCCGGUGCUCAUCAUUUCGGACGACAAUGUGACAAGGCAAACAAGGAAUUUAUGCUAUGCAGGGAGGAGGAGAAGGACCCAAGAAAGUGUUUAGAAGAAGGAAGACAAGUCACAGCUUGUUCUUUCAAGUUCUUCAAUCAAAUCAGGACUCAUUGCAAUGAAUCAUUUACAGAGCAUUGGACCUGUCUAGAUUAUAACAAGCAAGAAUUCAGAAGAUGCCGCCAAUCUCAAAAGAAAUUUGAUACGUGUGUUUUUGAAAACCUUGGGUGGGUCAGGCCAGAGCUAGGAGACCUAGGAAAGGUAACUGUGGUCAAGACUGAGAGACCUGUGCCAGAGUUUGACUUGAGACCGAUUCCUGAACCAACGCCUAGGCCUAUUCCACCAGCUAAUCUUCCCGCUUCAAAGACUGGCUCCAAGUACUUCUUCUUCUGGUAGUGGAUGCCUUCAUCCACUCGGAUCCUUCAAUGUAUAUUUGUAGUGUCUAUGCAUCCACUGGAAAAGGGAAUUUGGUAGAAAUGAUGUAACAUGUGAAACAAAAAUCUUCUUUUUUGAAGGGAAUUUAUUACAGUACAGCCUGAAUCAGUAUGUGGAACCCAUUUAGGCAUGCUGUAUUGAUCAGUGAUCAUAUAUGAGCAAAGCUCAAAAGUACAUUCAUUUGUAUGUGGUACUUAAUUUUUGUUUGAUCAUCUGAAGAACAUGCAGCAGAUCAUUUUUCAAACAUGCCAUUACCUAUACAUCUUGGGUCUGUACAAAGCAAAUUUUACAUAUGCGUAACAUAUUGUUUGGGGCAUGUAGUCUGGUUUGUAUUGAUCAUGCUUUAAUGUUUAAGUAGCUCCUUUUCCAGUGGAUGAAUAGUCAUUAUUGAGGUGUGAAUAAGAUUAUUUUAUUGAAUGAAGCACCGACUGCUUCACAACGUAAUUUUUAAAGGGGGAUUUC